AAGAAAAAAAAUAAAUAUGUGAAUAUCCAUGCCACUCUCAAGCUUACAAAACCCCCAAAAAUGAAGCAUGAAAAUAUUCCAUCCAAGAGAUCAUGGAGAUCGAACAGCACCACGCACCUCCAGUCCACUCCGCCGCCGCCACAACCUCCGACGAACCGACCAAAUCCAUAAAACCCAAACGCCUCCUCAUCCUCCUCUUCAACGUCCUCCUCCUCCUCAUCGGCGGCAGCGGCAGCCCCCUCAUCAUUCGCGCCUACUUCCUCCACGGCGGAACCCGCAAAUGGUUCACCUCUUUCCUCCAAACCGCCGGCUUCCCUUUCCUCCUCCUCCCCCUUCUCAUCUCCUUCCUCCGCUCUCCCCGCCCCCGCUUCUUCCUCAUCUCCCCUUUCCUCCUCCUAUGUUCCGCCUUCAUCGGCCUCUUAACCGGAAUCGACAACUUAUUCUACUCCUACGGCAUAUCUUACCUCCCCGUCUCCACUUCCACUCUCCUCGUCUCCACCCAACUCGCCUUCACCGCCGUCUUCGCCUUCUUCAUCGUUAAGCAAAAGUUCAGGGCUUCGUCAAUAAACGCCGUGGCUUUACUGACGUUUAGUGCGGUGGUGCUCGGCGUGCACUCCAAUGGCGAUCGACCGGAAGGAGAAUCGAAUUCCAAGUACUAUCUUGGGUUUGUUAUGACGCUCGCCGCGGCGGUGUUGUAUGGGCUGGUGAUGCCAUUGGUGGAGCUCAUGUACGUUAAGUCUAAGACGAAUAUCGGUUAUACGAUGGUGAUGGAGAUACAGCUUGUGAUUGGGCUCGUCGCAACCACUUUCUCCGCCGUCGGGAUGAUGAUCAACAAGGAUUUUCAGGAGCUCCCGAGAGAAAGCCACAACUAUGGCCUCGGCCAAACCAAGUACUAUGUAAUCGUCGUCUUCACCACCAUCUUGACACAGUGCUUCUUUUUAGGAUUGGUCGGCACAAUAAACUACUCAUCGGCAUUGCUCGGCGGCGUCUUGCUCGCCAUCUGCACUCCCAUCACCGAGGUGCUCGCCGUCUUCUUCUUCGACGAGAAGUUCGACGGCCUCAGUUUCAGACUGCCACGUUGA